GAAUUAAAUUCUAAACGACUUUCUCUCGAGCUGCAGGCGGCAGUUGAGAGCGGCUAAGCGGUCGAUGAUAUACCGGGUUUAUAUUUUUAAUUUUUUUAAAAAGACAGUAAAACUCUCGUUUUAAUUGUUUGUUACGGAUAACGUUUGGUAUAUAGAAAGAAAACAGAUUUAAAAUGACGACAACGACAAAUUAUCAAGGAAUGGAACCCGGCGCAAAAAGCAGCUCACGAGUGCUGAGGCCGCCAGGUGGAGACUCCAACAUCUGUUUUGGCAAUGGAAAAGAAGAGCCAAACCCUCAGCCCACCCGAAAAAACAGAACUGCCUCAAACAUUUUCGGGGUUCCUGAGGACCCGUAUGCCAGCAGGAGGAACAAUCCACCAGGAGGAAAGCCCAUGGGUAUUUUUGGGGAUGGUCAGUCUGUGGUACAGAAGAGAAACCCUCCUGGUGGACAGGCCAUUGGUGACGGUUCUGGAGAGCGUUCACCUGGGGAUGGUGAACAUGAAAGAGCAAGCACUGAAAAUAAUUCGGAAGAGGUUGAAGCUGUGCCGGAACUGAAGGAAGAGGCACCACAACAACCUGCAGCAGCAGCACCCACUGUAGCUGUAGCAGGAGCUGGAGCCGCCGGUCCUCCCAGCCGAAGAAACCCUCCUGGAGGCAAAUCCAGUCUUAUCCUGGGUUAAAUUGCCUCUGCAAACCGUGUCACUAUGUCUGUUCUCCCCACUCUUCUUUCUUUCUCUCUCUGUCAAUGUACCCUUAUCUGUGUGAGCCACAGGAAUUGAAUCCUGCCCAUUGUUUUGUUUUUGACUAUUUUCAAACAUCAGAAGCACUUUAUGUACGACCACCUUUCAUUUCAGUUACAGAUUUAAUGCGUGGAUUUCUAGAAGACAAUAAAGAUUGAUAUGAAAAGUCA